GCUUCGGACAACUCGGGCCUCGCCCGCCCGGAGGCUGUGAGGAGUGGUUGCGGCGGCGGAAUGCACCGGGCCUCCGCGCCGUCCGCGCCCCUGGCGAGCCCCGACUACUACGAAAGGCUGGGCCGCCUCCAGCACGGGCUGCGGGACAGUGAAAAGAAGAGAUUGGACCUGGAAGGGAAACUCUAUGAAUAUAAUCAAUCUGAUACAUGCAGAGUUAAGCUGAAGUAUUUAAAACUAAAGAAAUACCUGAAGGAAAUAUGUGAAUCAGAAAAGAAGGCUCGUACUCGAAACCAAGAAUAUUUAAAGCGGUUUGAGCGGGUCCAGGCUCACGUUGGACACUUUACCACAAAUUCAGAGAAACUGCAAGAACUGAAGAUUGAAUAUGAGACUCAAAUUAAGAAGAUACAGCUACUCUCAAAAGAUAGCCUGGGAAAAAAAGGUGAACUGAAAGAUGAAGACAGAGAAAAGGUUGUAAUGCCGGCAGAAAUUAACUCAGGGACCGCCGCGUCAAGAGGAUUGUAUCAACCAGCAACAAUCUUUAUGGGCCGCCAAGUGUCAGCCGUCUCAGGCGUUGGAGAUUUCAGUACAGAGCAGAAAUCUCCCCAACCCACAAAGAACUUUUCAAUUCCUGACCCACAUUCACACCAACAGACAGCCCGGAGCAGUAAUGUGACAGACAGCUAUGUAGUACAAAUUCAUAGUGACACACAGUGCUUAAAUAAGUCUGACAGAAUAGAUGGAAAGACAUCUCUUCAGAUGGGUGAGAAAACGCCAGUCACAGCCAGCGCGUUGUCUGAGGAGGAACAAACUCAUCGCUUGGAGAUAGGAAGCAACGCACGUCAGGGCAAGAGUAAUUUAUCUGAAGGCAGAAAGUCUGCCGAACUCCAUUCCCCAUUACAGGAGAGAUUAAGUCCAGAGAACAGAACCACUGAUUUAAAGUGUGACAGUUCCAGCAGAUCAGAGGGAUCAGAGGGAGAAAUACUGACACGGGAGCAUAUUGAAGUCGAGGAAGAAAGAGCCAGACCGCCAGUCUCUCUGCCGUCAGGCUCAGAAUACAGUGCAUCUGAAAUCGAGUGUUCUCAAGAGAAGCAUCCUGCCUGGGAAGCUUCCUCAGAUCAUCCUCCUCGCCGGGACCCAGAGGCACAGGAGCCCUGCAGAAAAAUGUGGGAAGAGCAGGAGGAGGAGAGUGAGAGCAGCAGCAGUGACCUCACAGUUUCUGUAAGUGAAGAGGAUCUGAUUUUAAGGAGUCCAGAACCACAGCCAAAUCCGGGUGACACGGUGGAGGAAGAAGAUGGAAUAGAGGCCUUAAAUUUAAUUCACUCCAAGCAAGAAAGAGAUGCCCCAUCCACUGAAAAACAUAAUUAUAUUUUGCAAACCCUGAGCUCUCCAGAUUCAAAAAAGGAAUCCUCCACUAACUCGCCAACAAGAGAGUUUGAACAAGCACCAGCCUCAGGUUUGUGGAGGACACCAUCGGGUCAGUGUGUUACCACCUUGAAAAGACAUGAUAAUUCUGUCCAAGAAGAGGUGGUCGCGAAGCUGUCUGAAGUUUUCCCAGUCAAAAAUGUGGACCAGAGGACAAGGGCAACAGCAUUAUUGAAAAAAGGCCUCACAGGAGAGCAUAAGGAUAGGUCGGCUGUUCACAGCAGUGAAUCAUCUUGCAGCUUGCCAUCCACUCUGAAUGACAACAGUGGAAUGAAGAACGGAAAGCCUGCUCUGUGGCUCAGCAGUGUUCCUACAAGGGAACGAGAAGUUUCCAGUGGCUGCGGAGACGAGAGCGCAGAAGAAAGCGUGGCAGCGAGGAUGCCAGUCACAGGUGUAAUUGUUGAAUCGCUCCAUAGAAAUUCAGAAUGUGAUGGAAACAUCUAUUUCCUGAAGCAUCUCCAGGCAGCUCAUCUGAACGGGGAGCAUUUCCCUUCUCCGUGCAUCUGCCCUCCCUGUGUGAGGAUGGAGGAAACCUGGACAAGAGGCUCCCAGGCCCAGGAUUGCUGGGAUUUCUGCGAAAGCCAGGCCAGCCAGGCCGAGCCUCUGCCUUGGAGACGGAGACACCCCUCAGAGGCUGGGGAAACACGUGUUUAUCUGGCUCUUGUAAUGGGUUGUUAAAAGCACUUGUUCGCCAGAUAUUUUCUUUUUCUUUUUAUUUGGUAGAUUUAGAAGUAUUUUAGCAGGUGUACAUUUGCAUAUAAAAGAGAAUGAACGAUAAGAAGCUGAGGCUUUUUCUUUCUCUCCUCAGCAUCGUCGCUCUCCUGCCUCCCUUUAUUCAGCACAUUUUCAUUUUCUUUCUCUGUUCCCAUUUUCUAGACAAAAUGCAUAUCAAAAAGAAAAAAAAAGUCUCGGUGAUCCAUCACCACUUGGCAGGAAGAUAGGUGAUGGGGUUCAGCCAGCUUGUGUAACAGAGUAAGGAAAAAUAUAUUUCUCUUGUUGUGUCGUCAGUCUGGAAUUGAUAGCUAAGGGUAGAUUUUCACCCCUGGACCCCUUGCCUUAUUUUGUAUUUUCAGCCGCAGUAGUAUCUACUUUUGAAACUCAGUCUUGACGCAGCUUUGAAUGUGUAAUGGUAGCCUGACUGAGCAGCCCAGAGCUGGAAACUUGCGCCUGCGUGUACACUACUUCUGUGUGCGCCAGAGCAUCUAGUUGAAAAUCAUUGUAUUCUUAGAAAUGCUUGUUUUAUCUAAUUGUUUGCACUACUCAGUUUUUUUCUGAGGGUUUGACAUUACUAACGGGAGGAAGUAUUUCUCUGGAGUUCUGAGUCACAGGCUACAAAGUGAAGCCUUAAGGGGCCACCCAGUCCUCAAAUUUGCAGACUUAUGGUGUCCCUGCAGUUAAGACUCAGGUCUUUUCACCUUGGAAAUAUUGAGAUAUUACCCUCGUCCCGACCUUGUUUACAGCAGGCCAACUGGAACCUCCAGCUUUGUUCCUUUUGCUCCCCUGUCUAUUCACUCAUUCAUUUAACAACUGAAUUUGCAGGGCUACGCCAUGCGGCUUUCAGCCACUUGAUUCCUCACUGCCCUUCUUCCUUCCAGAAAAGCCUGGGCCUGAAGUGCCACAGACUUCAACUCUGUGGCUUUGCUUUAUGCCGUUGGUGUCCUGGCCAAGUCUUCUAGGCUGUUCCAGGAGAAUGUCUGAAUUGUUUGAGCAAAAAGUAUACUCUUGCUUCCAAAAAUUCUGGAAUCUGGUCCGUUUGAUACAGACAGCACCCUAGCAAUCUCCAGACAGCUGUAGCAGCCUCCUUGAUCCUGUGUCCCGGGCUAUGUCAGCUCUUUUAGCGGAGAAAGCAAUCCUUAACAUCUAGCUUGUAUCCCUUGGCUGAAGUUUUUCUCUUGAGUGUUCUUGUGCCACAUUCAGUGAACACAGAAAAAAUUGCUCACCGCUCUCUAGUUUCAAGGUUGCAAGUAUGUUCUGUGUGGCCUGUGCAGUGUUUUAAUUUUUUUUUAAGCCAGAAAUCUGGCAAGACUAGGCCCGCUUUCCCGGCUGGCAGCAGUCGGCCGUGGCCACAGAACAGCUGUCCCCUCCGGACAGGGCAUGAGCUCUCCUGCCCCUCCUACCACUCCCAUCUGGCCAGAGUCACGUGUGUGGUCCUGUUGGGCCCCAGAGAGUGUCUGCACUGACAGUCCUGCCCUGUCCUCUCUGCUGCAGAAUCUGUGUACUUGAACGCCUCUUCCCUUGUUUCUACACAGGCUGUGUAGCCUGUAACCUCUCCUGAUCAUUUCUUUAACCAAACCUUGAUUUUGUUUUUCCUUUCUGGGUCAUCUCUCAGUUCUUCGUCUGCUGUUUUGUGCAGCUCUUCUGACUAAAGUAACAGUGAAUAAGGGUAUCCAGUGCCGUGGGAGAAUGACUCCAGUCCUGAGUGUCUGCUCCAACCCCUCCGGCUGCUUUGGGGUCGCUGGUCCUGCCUCAGUUAGUGUUUGUUCCUCCAAGGGAGUGCACGUAAUCCUUUCACCUUUUAAACCUCACUCUGCGCUGAAGCCAUUAGAGGAAGCAUGCAUUAGAGGUGGGGGAAGGCGAUGUGCCCGGCGGUCCUCAGCUGGAUCGUGCCAACCCUUGAUUACUCGGGUCAGGGCCGCCACAUCCCACAUAAAAACUGUCCGGACGGCCGCCAGUGACUCUGCUUGGAGAAGGACCACAGGAGGUUUAAGGAUCAAGUGCCCGUGAGGAGCCGGGCGUGGGAAGUGGGUGGGCUCUGGCUGCAUGGGCGGGAGAGAUGAGCUUUCUCCCUCCAAACUGUUGUACCGUUGAAAGCAGACUGAGGCAGCCUGGACGGGCAGCCCAGUGAGAGAGUCCGAGUCCUUCGAGAAGGACAGGCAGGCCCCAGUGUGGGACACAUGUGGAGCUGAUUUCCAAGCGCUAGGAUGGCCCCUGGGAUGGGGUGACUCGCUGCCCGGUCCUCCCUUCCAGGCUCACACCAGAGAUGAGAUACAUUCCUUCUUGUAUUUGGACAGAAUACUUAAUCCCCCACCCCCAAUCUGAAAUCACCUCACAGCUACUAACCUGAUAUUUUGCACAAAAAUCCUCUCCUGAAAAUAAAUAGCACAUGUUUUCUUGGUUUCUGAGAAGCCUGAGAGCUGGCUUACUGGAGUCAAAUGAUUUCCCUUCAGAUGGUAGACAGCAGAGCCCAGCUCCAACUUCCAGCCACCAGGAGCCUUUGUUCAUCAAGAAGCAGCUCUCCUUUCUCUCUUUCUCUCCCCUCUUUCCCUGCUUCCUUCCCUCAUUUCUCUUUUAAAAAAUUUCUUUCUAUCUUUUGCUAUCUUUUCCUUGACCAAAUAAGUUUCACUGAAUGCAGAAAUAGCACAUGGUCAUUAAAAUCUGGACUUGUAUCCUAAAAGCUGAAAGUCUUUUUGGCUGAUCUUUCUAAAAUAAAAACAAAACAGCAUUUUCAUCUGUUUUACAGUGAUUCUUUACCUUUUUAGAAUUCAGACACUCCACCUUUGAUUUUAUUAAUACCUUACCCCCUGAACAGAUUACCUGACAAUGAAUCUGAGGUGAUAAGGUUGUUAGGAUUAAUCGGAGAGUGUUAUGAUGCACUCCUAUCGAGCCACCCUGGGACACUGGGAUUAACCUACAGCAAGAAACACUUUCCAUCCCAGGCCACUUCCCCCCACACACACAGAUGUUACACAAAACAAUACUUUCCCCUUGUGCGUGUACUGCAUCUGGUGUUUUCUUUAUUAAAGUUUUCAAACUAUCAAUGCUAGUUCCAGUGGACACUGAUUUCACAAUCCAGCAAUGUUAAAAAAUGUUGCUUUAGGAUUUAUUAUUUUCAGAGUUAAGAGUCCCUGAUCUGUGCAUAUUUUAAUUACAUAGCAUUUACUACUCAAAAAUAUGAUGCUCAUUUUAAAUACUUAUUUUUUAUCUUGACUGAUUAUCAGUAGGGCAAGGUAAGUUAUAUUUUUCUCCUUCAGCAUGAUGGUAGUUUUAACCAGUAAUAACGGGCCUUGUAGUUCAGUUCUUAAACUGAACCAGCAAGCACAGGAAUGCAGCUGAUGGCCAGCCCCUGGAGCUGACAGGGGAAUCCUUUAGUUAGUGGCCAUGUUGAGAGUGUGGCCAUGGAUGCUGUUUUGCUGUGUCUCUGCUAAAACUCUAACUCUGCAUCCUCCGCUUCACCCAGGAGUCCUUGAGACCUGAGGCAAUGGGGAAGCUUGUGUCACUCAGGUCCUUCACGGGACCCUUAUUUAGUAUUCUUCCCAACAGUCUUCCCCACUUUAACUUAGAGCAGGGCUAAGUGCUCUGUCGAUUGUUUCCUUUGACACAUAAAAGUUUUUAAGUUUGCUGUAGUCCUGUUUGUCUUUAUUUUGUUAAGUGUGCUUUUGGUGUUGUAUCCAAGAAAUCACUGCCAAAUCUGAUAUCCUAAAGCUUUUCUCCUGCGUUUUCUGCUAGGAACUUAAUAGUUUUAGGUCUUAUAUUUAAGUCUUUAAUCCUUUCUGAGUUGAUUUUUGUGUAUGAUGUAAGGUAAGGGCCCAACUUCAUUCUUUUGCCUGUGGGUAUCUUGUUACCUGGGACUUUUUC